AUGGGAUUGGGCGCGGCACUGAGUGGCCUGUACAUUUAUACUCGCCACUGGCUCAUGAACAACUUGUUUGCGAUCAGCUUCUCCAUAUCUGCCAUUGAGAUGCUUUCCUGCAACUCAUUCACCAUCGGCGCCAUGCUGCUCUCUGGUCUCUUCUUCUACGACAUCUUUUUCGUUUUUGGCACGGAUGUCAUGGUCACCGUUGCCAAGUCAGUCCAGGGCCCCAUCAAAGUGGUGUUUCCCAAGGAUUUCUUGGCCAAUGGCAUCAACUCGACCAUGCAUGGCAUGCUUGGCUUGGGUGAUAUUGCAUUCCGCAAGCCGACCGGUUCCCUCUAUUUCUCUGUGGCCAUGCUGGCCUACUUCUUGGGCCUCGUGACCACCAUGGGCGUGAUGCACUUUUUCCAAGCCGCCCAGCCGGCGCUUCUCUACCUGUCGCCGGCAGGUGUCUUGGCGCCGCUGCUCACGGCGUUUCUGCGCGGCGAAACGUCGCUCCUGUUCAAGUAUGUAUCCAACGACCACGGGGCAGUCAACCUAUGUGUACCUUAA